GUGACCAGAAUGUAAACAGUCCAGGUGCCUCCGUUGACAUUAGCGAGCAUCAGUUCCGAAUCGCUUUCUGCGAUGGCCUAACGCAAGGCCCCCUUGACAUUGAUGGCAUUAUAGAGUCAGAUACGACGCUCGGUGUCUUCUGCUGUCAUGAAAUUUGCCUUUUGAACGCAUACGGACGCCAGCUUUUUUCAUCAUGACCAAAGACAUAGUUGUCGGAGAUGAACUACCGGAUUGGGUUGGGGCCAAGGAGUUUUACCAAAAGUAUGACCCGAAAGAGGUGGUUGGAAGGGGUGUGAGCAGUGUGGUGCGGAGGUGCGUGCACAGACACACAGGACAGGAGCUGGCCGUGAAGAUCAUUGAAAUCACGGCUGAGAAGAUGACAGCUCAGCAGCUAGAGGAGGUGAAAACCUCCACACUGAAGGAGAUCCAAGUCCUAAACAUGGUUAAGGGCCAUGCCUCAAUCAUCACUCUCAUCGAUUCUUACGAGUCAACGACCUUCAUAUUUUUGGUGUUUGACCUCAUGAGGAGAGGAGAGCUUUUUGACUACCUCACAGAAAAAGUGACACUGAGUGAAAAGGAAACAAGGAGUAUGGUGAGGGCCCUGCUGGAGGCGGUCCAGUAUCUCCACUCCCUCAACAUAGUCCACCGGGACCUGAAACCUGAGAACAUUCUGCUGGACGACCAGGGACACAUCAAACUGUCUGACUUUGGUUUCUCUGUGCAGCUGCAGCCUGGAGAGAAUCUCAGAGAGCUUUGUGGGACUCCAGGUUAUUUGGCUCCUGAAAUACUUAAAUGCUCCAUGGAUGAGAUGCACCCAGGCUACGGGAAAGAGGUUGACCUCUGGGCAUGUGGAGUGAUCCUGUUCACCUUACUGGCCGGAUCACCUCCCUUCUGGCAUCGUAAACAGAUGCUCAUGCUGAGGAUGAUCAUGGAGGGGCGGUACCAGUUCAGCUCCCCGGAGUGGGAUGACCGGUCCGACACUGUCAAAGACCUGAUCUCCAGGCUGAUGGUCGUGGACCCAGCUCACCGUCUCACAGCUGAACAAGCCUUAGCCCAUGCCUUCUUCAGACAGUACCAGAGGGAGGACGUGCGGCUCUUCAGCCCCAGAAAGACAUUUAGGGUCCUGAUAGUGAGCGUGCUGGCCUGCAUUAGAAUGUACAGCCGGUACCGCCGUACUCGGCCUUUGACCCGGGAGGUUCUAGCACGGGACCCAUACUCCAUCCGUGGUGUGCGCAAACUCAUUGAUGGCUGUGCCUUCCGGAUCUACGGCCACUGGGUCAAGAAAGGGGAGCAGCAGAACAGAGCUGCCCUCUUCCAAAACACAGCUAAGAUCAUGCUACUAGGCCUAGAGGACUUUGAAACCUAAAGUUCAAACCUCAUUUUCAACUGUGCUGUUUAUUUUUGUUUGUUUGGUUUUUGUUUUUUUGUUUUGUUUUUUUUGUGGUUGAGUCAUGUUACAUUUUGCAUGUGGUGGUGCAACUAUUGUUCCAUACAGGUGUUGGUCUCAUGUCAUCAUCUGUCUUUACUGCUGAUCACUUUGCACAAAUGUUCUGUUAUUUAUAGAGAAGGGUGCAUGCCUUAAUAUGCAAUAUAUCUUAAUAUAAUCUGAUGGAAGAAGAGGCAGUUUCAGACUCUUCAAAAAGAAGUCAGUGGCUAUAGAAAAAAAUGAUUAGUUGCGCCACUUUAAUGUAAAACAAGAUAUGGGUGUCAUCUGUUGUGAACAAGUGGCAUGAAAACACCUUGGUUUGUUAGGAAUUUUCUUAAGGAUUUUAUUAAGUGAUCAGUUAAAUGGGAACUUAUUUCUUACAUUCUUUCAAUUAUUGCACUGAAAUUGUUAUUUUUUUAAUCAAUGGAUUUAGGUUUUUACAUUUAUUUUACAUUGAUUUGACCAAUUAGUAGCAAUGGACGUUAAAAAUCUGGUUUUGGCGUGUUACUGGUAAGAAAUUCCUCAAGUUGGGUUGACAGUAAUGUUUUGAUUAGUUUGACAAUACCUCUAACUAAUACAUGCUAGCAACCAAGCAUGUGCACCAGAAAGUGCAUUCAGAGAAACUGAAUGACGGCUCAUUCCUCUCCAAGGCAGUAUUAGUAUUUUUACAUUACUUGUAUUUGUUGCAGAUUUAAACGAGUAAC